AUGUACACUAAUAAAAUUUACAGCAAGGAAAGAGUGUCAGAGAAACCAAGCCCAGUUGUUUGGAUACAUGGGAAAAAGGUAGAAACUGGAUAUUUAAAGCAUGUAUUUAAUAUAUUUAAAUAUCUGGGUUAUUCAACAUAUAGUCAACCAAAAUUAAAUUGGGAUGUACUAUGGACACAUGAUUACCCAUUUUUGGAACUUGUUGAUGAUCUGACAAAAUUAAAACCUCAUCAGAAGGUAAAUCAUUUUCCUGGAUCAGGUUUUAUUACAAAUAAAGUGAAUCUUGCAACAACACCAUUUGACUUUGUACCCAAGGCAUUUAAAAUUCCUGCAGGAAUAAAAGCUUUGAAAGCACAUUCCAAAAAGUUUCCAGAAAAAUUAUGGAUUCAAAAAAGUAACAACCAUCGUGGAAUCAAAAUAUUGCCAAUUAAUGAACUGGACCUCUCAAAAAGUGGAUCUUUUAUCCAAGAGUAUAUUUCCAAUCCCUUGUUGAUUGAUGGACAAAAAUUCGACAUUGGAAUCUAUACAAUUUUGACUUCCAUUCAUCCUCUAAGAGUUUAUGUUUUGGAGUCUGAUGCACUCUUCAGAUUCUGCCCAGAAAAAUACUACCCUUUUGAUCCAUCUAUUGCUGACAAAUAUGUAGUGGGUGAUAACUAUACCCCAAUGUGGGAGAUGCCAACAUUCAGUAAAGUGUUUUACCAGGGUUAUUCAUUCAAAGAGUCUUUCAAUUAUUAUUUAAGAUCUCAAGAUAGGGAUCCAGAAGCUUUCUGGAAUAAAAUAAAGGCAGCAAUCACAAAUGUAUACUUGGAAAAAGAAAAGUACAUUUUCCAAAGUACAAAACACUAUAAAAGCUCAAGGAACUUUUUUGAAAUGGUUCGAUUUGAUUUUGUCCUUGAUGAACAUUUUAACAUUUACCUGAUGGAGGCCAAUAUGUCUCCAAAUCUAUCUUCAGCCCAUCAUGUUCGUAAUACUCGUCUCUAUGAGCAUGUCAUUUAUAAUCUUCUUAAACUUGUUGGUCUUAAUUCACUAUCAUCCCUGAAUUUUCCAAACAUAAUUCAAAAUAAUAACAUGGAGGUGUCAGAUGUAGAUAUAAAUGUUUAUGCUGAUCAAUGCAUAUCACAAGAGUGUGAAAAUACUGGCUGUAAAACAUGGGAGUGUCGACUUUGCAGUUACUGUAUGACAGUUUCAGAGAAACAGAUUGUUAAAAUGGCUUAUUUGGAACACAAAAACCGGGAGGCUUGUCAACGUAUAUUCCCUCCUAUUGCUAGAAAUUUUCAAGAAUUGCAAACAAAAAUUCAAGCUAUAUUUUCAAAAUUAAAUGAACCUAACAAAUUAAUUACACUCUGGUUCCUUGGAAAAUGUCAACAGGAUUUCACAUGGUGCCAUUGA